AUCUGGCAAAGACUACAUUUUGAGUUUUGACUGCUAAUACGUUAAGGGGAUAGAUUUGGUCAACGUCGUGGUUUGACUUGUUAUACAACCAAAAACAGCUGCCGCUAGAAAUGUUUACACAACUAAGCUAACGGCAAAGAAAGAUAAAACUUCCCGACCACAACCUCGGAGAUCCUCGAUUUUCUAUUCCGUCAUCGGAAGCUUCGAAUCUUAGUUGCCGUCGGGCUACCGGUUUCCCUUUCAUCACUUUUCGUAAUUUCCAGUUUUCCCCUUCCCUCAGCCACAAUCUUUUUUUAAUUAUUGACCGGAAACCUUCUUUUUUCUCAUGUAAUGCCGUUCGGCCAAAUUUGACCCAAUACAACUGUUGCACGAUGAAAUUCUGUUUGAAGAAUCUCCUGAUAUGGGUUUGUCUUACUGUUUUGAUCUCCGGUUUGGCGAGCGAUUCUUUGAACGCCGACAGGAGUAUAAUUGGGCAAAGUUUCAAAUUUGGAGCCAACAAUCAAGCCGGGCCCAGGCGGGCGUUAUUAUCUGAUUCAAGGGAAUCUGAGACUGCACUAGUUGCUGCUCUUGAUGGGACCAUCUUAUUGUUGGAGCUUGAUUCGAUGAAGCCGCUCUGGUCAUUUGCAUCAGGAUCAGCUAUAUACUCUUCUUAUCAAGCUCCUGUCAGUGAAGAUAAUGAGAACGCAUCCAGGGCGGGAAGCGACUACUACAUAGAUUGUGGAGACGACUGGGAAUUAUAUGCUCAUAGCAGGCUCGGCAAAUUGGUAUGUUAACACCGCAAUAAGUAGCGAUAACUCAAUCUCAUUUCUCAAUGAUUAAAACAAUUUCUAGUUUGUGUGAGAUAUGAAGAUGAGAUAGUUGCUCUGAAAAUUGAUUGUUCUGGUUUGUUGACUAAAGUUUGCAGAUUUCUCUGCUUGAGAACUAUAACAAUGCGUACAAUGAUUUGCAAAUUCCUUGAUACAAAAUUGUGAAUAUUCUUCGCCUAAGUCUUUCCCAAUCUCAAAUUAUUCUAUGACAGUAACUUCUCUGAAAUUAUGUUUCGUCUCUUCUUUGACUGGCCGUCAUGAUGGUAUAAAGAGCCUUCUGUGUGAAUCUGCUUCAUUGCAUGUAACAUCUGACUUGAAAGUGGUGUUUGGGCCCUAAUGAAUUUUGAAAUGAAGAAAAAUAUGAUACUGUUUGGUGCUGAUGCAAGACCACAACUAAUUUAGUUGGUAAGAAUGCUUUUAUGAGAUUUUUAUACACUUGUAGGAUGUUACCCAUUACGAAGUUGUAUCAUCGUGUUAGUAUUAUUUGUCCUGUUACUUUUACUCAUCUUUGCUCUGUGUGUAUUCCGUGUAUCCGAUUGUCUCGCUUUUGUGAUCUUUGUACUGCAAAGUCUAGUCUAACUGGGAGGUGGGACGAUGAUUGUGCUGGGUAGUACGGGUGGGGGAUCGAAACCAUAUGUUCACAGCUCCAACUUAGGUGGGUGGAAACCACACUCCCUCAACACAACAUGCACACACGAAGUUUUAAUUAAUCUAAACAGGAAGUUAGUUGAUCUUGUGUUACUUUUGUUUAUCCCAAGAAUGGCAUUGGAAUAUGUUAGUAAAUUGCUAUUUUACUUCUGAUAAUUCCUGAUAUCCUACUUUAUUUUAACAUUUUUCAUAGCUCAUGUGUUCAAAGUUCAAAUCAGUUCUCUCUCUCUCUCUCUCUCUCUCUAGCUGUUGGUCAUUGACUCUAUAUAUUGUGAUUGGGUUUCAGAAACUAACAAAAACUCUUGAAGAGUAUGUCAGUUCAACUCCCCAGAUAGCUGAGGAUGGAGGAAUUGUACUCGGUUCUAAGAAGACCACUGCAUAUCUUGUAGAUGCCAAGACUGGCAGGCUAAUCUACACAUACCGAAUGCCUGACUCUUCAAUCAUGACAGAAGACAACAGUGAGAAUACUGUGUUCUUUAACAACACCUUUGAAGAAUUUGGAUUUUCCCAAGCUGCUGACCCCAAGGCCGACGAGCUUCCUCUUUACAUCACUCGAACAGAUUAUGCAUUGACAUCUUUCGCUCCAAACUCGAAUAAAGUUCUCUGGAACGUGACAGUGGCUGAAGUAGGUGCUGCUUUUCUCUGUCAAGAAUCUGAUAAUUCAUAUGAUGGAGCCAUUUUGGAUUCAGGAUCUUCUGCACCUGAUUUUAAAAUGCCUUUACCAUGCCAGUCUAGAGCUUUGGUCUUCCGCUUCCGCAAUCAUGACAUGUUGGAGCCCUUCAUUCCACCUGAGCUUCCUGAGGUUGGUUCUCGUGAUAUGGUGCUCCCAGCACCCUCUCAAGCUCAGAUGCUACCUUCCCAACCACAUACCGAUAGAAUCAUUGAGUAUCUUCCAUUCCCGAAAGAUACUCCAAAGUCAGUGCCUUCUUUGCCAGCAGCAGAGGUAAUGCCUGAUGUACAAGAAGUGAAAAUACCUGGUAAUGGUCAGUCUAGAAUUGCAUUUGAAAGGAUCACAGGGUCACCUCUAUUUGUAGCAGCUUUGGUAUGUUUCUUGACUUUUAUAGUUGUCAGAAAGUCUGAACAGCCCAGCAACUCAAGUUCUGGAACCAUUUCCUUCAAAAGGAAGAAAAAUCGAAAAGUUGGGAAAAAUGGAUCCAAUUCAGAGAAAAAGGAGAAAGAUACUAUGCCAAAUGGGAAUGGUAUGGGAAUGAGCAAUGAUGAUGAUCACUUGUGGCGUAACCUCUCUGAACCAUUUUCUAGCAUCUGUGCACGUAGGAUUGGUAAACUACUUCUAACCGCCAAUGAAAUUGCUAAAGGUAGUAAUGGUACGGUUGUUCUUGAGGGUAUAUAUGAAGGUCGUCCUGUUGCUGUGAAACGUCUUGUCAGGGCUCAUCAUGAUAUUGCCUUUAAAGAAAUCCAGAAUCUCAUAGCUUCAGAUCGGCAUCCGAAUAUAGUGAGAUGGUUUGGCGUGGAGCAAGAUCAAGAUUUUGUCUAUCUUUCUUUGGAGCGGUGUAACUGCAGCUUGAAUGACUUUGUUCAGUUGUUUUCUGACGCUUCUGAGAACCUUGCAUUGAGCAAGAACUUGGAUGAUCAGGAUAUGGCCAAGUACAAAGCCCAUAUGGAUUCUGUGAAAGUUCUUGUACAGGAUACUGUGUUAUGGAAGGCAAAUGGCUAUCCUUCUCCUGUUCUAUUGAAACUAAUGAGGGAUUUGGUUUCUGGACUUGUACAUCUACAUGAAUUAGGAAUCAUUCACAGAGAUAUUAAACCACAAAAUGUCCUGAUCAUCAAAGACAAAUAUUUAUGUGCAAAGCUUUCAGACAUGGGUAUUAGCAAACGUCUAACUGGGGAUAUGGCUUCUUUGGGGCAGCAUGCUACAGGUUGUGGAAGUUCGGGAUGGCAAGCGCCUGAGCAACUUCUUCUUGGACGCCAAACAAGGGCUGUAGAUUUAUUUAGUAUAGGUUGUGUGUUAUUUUUCUGUGUCACUGGCGGCAGUCACCCUUUUGGGGAUCGUCUUGAACGUGACGUGAACAUAGUGAAAAACCAAGUCGAUCUGUUUUUAGUGGAACAUAUACCUGAAGCAAAGGAACUCUUCUCCCUCCUACUGAGCCAUAAUCCAGAAAUGAGGCCAACAGCAGUAGAGGUGCUUGCUCAUCCACUCUUCUGGGAUGCUGAAAUGAGAUUAUCAUUUCUCCGUGACACAAGUGACAGGGUAGAACUGGAGGACAGGGAAAACAAUUCUCAGCUUUUAAAUGCCAUAGAAAGUACAGCAGCAGUAGCUCUUGGUGGAAAAUGGGAUGAAAAGAUGGAAUCUGCUUUUUUGAAUAAUAUUGGUCGCUACAGAAGGUACAAGUUUGACAGUGUCCGAGACUUGCUGAGAGUCAUGCGCAACAAAUUGAAUCAUUAUAGAGAGCUCCCCAAAGAAAUUCAGGAGAUCUUGGGAUCAGUACCAGAAGGAUUUGACAACUAUUUUGCUAGUCGGUUUCCAAAUCUAUUAAUCGAGGUUUACAAAGUGAUGAGCAUGCAUUGCAAAGAAGAAGAGUUGUUUGUGAAAUACUUCAAAUGCAGUGUAGUCUAACUUUAAGAGGCUAAUGAACCAGUCAUCAUCACUCUGGAGGAGAAUAACACCUCUUGUUGCUAAUGAACAAGGCGAAUGACAACUAUGUCUUGUUGCUGCUUGUUCGUUUAUGUAAAUACAUAAAGGUUAUCUGUAAACAGUUUCUUUCAUGUGAAAAUUCAAUGAAAGUUAUGUUAAUCUAUUAAUACUUAUCAGAUUGGCCACGAUCAGUCAUCUACUCUGCUCUGUCAGAGAUUC